UUUGGUUUAUUUUUUUCAUUAGAUUUGAUUUGACAACUAAAAUUUUGUUUUUGUUUGUAAAUAAUCGGACCGUGACCUGAACCGUGAUUGUUUUUUGUGAUAUUUUUUAUUUAGAUAUUUUGCAGUUUUUAGUUUGUUGUGAAUAGUUUUUGAAUAGUUUUAAACAUGGAUGAGGAAUGGUUCUGGAUGCAGCUCGAGCAAAAAUACGGCCAAGUAAGCCUGCACUUAAAGAACAUCCUUCGACUGCAGAGCUUGUGCCGCCAAUCGCUGGCGAACCUUACAGAGGAACGCAUUGGACACAUCGAGCACGACAUGAGGAGCAUGGCCGAAUGCCUGACGGAGGAAGCGAACGCAGGAGGGACACCGUUGCGUGAGAUUUAUGGUCUGCAAUUCGCCAAAAAUCCGGAGCGCUUCAGAUUUUUGGCAGGAGAAGUUAUGUGCUUGCUGGACUUAGCACAAAUUAUGCGGGACCACUCAGCUACGUCGUUCAUACGGCCUUUAAAAAAAGCUAAAGCUUGUCUUUCCCAACACCCCGAGCCUGUCGCGAACCCUUGCAUAGAUAGGUUAUUGGAUAACCUACGCCGGAAAAUAACCCUACAUAUCCGAUCCCUAACAUCUCGAAAUGACCUUAUGGAAAAAGUGCAUAAAAUGGCAGCAAAGGUGUACUUGACCAACGCCGGGCAGUAUAAGGCGACAAUAAUAUGCCCAUUUUGCGAAGCCAAACCCUCAAAAAUAACUCUGAGCAUGGACGUCACUGGAAGUUGGCACAUAUUUGGUUUUAAACGACACUACAAUACGUUCCAUUCGUCGUUACCGGACUCCAUGGCCGAACCAGUUAUCAAACGCAGCAAAAACGAUACGAAAAAGGAGUCAAAUGGCAAGAUAUGUUAACAUAUUCCUUGACAAGUUAAUUUGGUAGUUAAUUUGGUUCUCAGAAGGCGGUUGGGUGACAAAACGUCGCAUGCCAUAACGUGGAAGAGAACGGAAAAUUCUUGGAAAAAUGAUUCUCUUCCCAUAGAAUAAAUAAUGCACUUUGAGCCAGACGUUUUUCGAAGCAUAUUGAAUCGAAAUCACUGUGAAAAAAGAAAUACAAUUCUAAAUCGCUGUUGAAAAUUUACUGCUUGCAACGUUUUAUCCCCUUCGACAUCUUGGGAUUCGACGUUUUGUCUUUCGAUAUUUUGUUCCUAAACCGUGUUGAAACAGCGAUAGUGAUUCCCUAUUUAUAAAUCCUACUGCAUAAUAAUUAUUGAAAAGAUUUGGAAUUUAAAAAAAAAUCGCGUGUUUAAGGUAAAGGUGAAUCGAAGGCAAACCUCGA